UGGAGCCGGAGCCGGGGCCGCCAGGUCGGGGCUCUCCCAGCGCUGCGGCUCCGGCUAUUGUGCCGAGUGAGCAUCGCUUUGGGCCGCCGCUCCUCCCGCUGUUCGUUUCCCGAGGGAGGAGCUCGCACAAACAGAGCGGGUUCCCGAGGAUGGCGCACGGAGGCGGUGGGGGCAGCUGGUGCCGCUCUCCCGUCCCCAGGCGCGGGUGAGCGGUCGGCCCUCCCAGGGGCGUCCCAGCCACUGGCAUUCCUGAUCCCCUGCCCUAGGAGGCUGGGAGGCGUUUUCCCCGUUUUCUGUGUUUUUAGAGUUCUCAGCAAUGUACUCUGUCUUGCGGCUUCUCUCUCUCAACACCUGAACGACCGUGUAAUAACCCGCACGGCUGAACAUCGCCCGUAAGCAGCCAAAGUGAAAAUAGAGUUUGGAUUCUUUAUGAAUGUGUGAAAGAGCCACUAUUUGCCGUUUCUGUAUAAUGGUUACCUAGAGACCCAAUAAGAAUGGAGAUUAAGCUCGAUGUUCUCAUCUCUACAUCUAUCAAGCAAAGAAAACCGUGGCCUCGCAUCUCGUGGGUUGGACAGGAAAAAGAGGCUAUUUUUCUUCUAGAUGGUAAACAUAUAAAUGAAAUUAACCUGGUAUCAGGGAAGACAAGGAAGAAAAUCCCUCAGCUGCAGUCAUUGUUGAAAAAUGUGGUUGUCUUAACAACAUCAGGAAAUGCUGCUUGGUUGGCAGGAAUACUUACAACAGGAGAGCUCUUUCUUUGGAAUAAAGAUCGGGACUGUUUGAAAAUUGUGCCAGCAAUUGAAGAGUCCAGGAAAGUAGUGGCAGCAGCACAAGAGUGUUUAAUGAGGUUGUACUUGUAUGUAUCUGGAGAUGGCAGAAAGGCACUGUUAACUACUCCUACAGCAUGUGUCUUUUUGUGGGAGAGCACAGAACAUGAAAAUACAUCCUCUUAUAAAAACUCUUCUUCUGGGCGUUGGACGCAAAUUUUACCUGAUAAAUCAGUCAUGUUGCCUUCUACUGAAGAAAAAGAAGUUGGAUUGCAUGCUGCUUUCAUACAGAAUGAGAUACUGGGUGAUUGCUGUUUAUGCACUUUCAUAUUUUACUCUGGAGAGUGUUUGGUGCUCACAUUUUUGGUUCUUCGAUGGCACGAAAAUACCUUUAAACAUGUUAGUUCUUUGCCAUACCAGAUCCAGUGGGUACAGCAGACUUGUUCCCUUGUUGACUUGGUUCCUCAGUGUGUGUCUGUAAAGUCAAGAGGAGCUUUGCUAUGUGCGUUUGCAAGAGAUGGACUUCUGUUUUCAGUAGCUGUUAAUCAAGCUGAUCCAAAGGCCACUCAGGUUUUGUUUUUAAACACACUGAAUUUUGUUACAGUUUCGGGUAGCCUUAAAGGUUGUAGUAGCAAGAGUAACACAGUCCCAUCCAAGUUAAUCAGAUCUUACUGGGUUGGUGAUAUGAGUUGGACUCCUGAUAGCCUUUUCUUGGCUUGCAUGUUAAAACGCGGAUCUUUGAUUUUAUUGACGUGCAUGGGUGAAUUGCUGACCUUAAUUGCAUCUGGCUGCUCUGUAGAAUUUGGACCAGCACAGUUUAUUCCAUUUCAUCCACUAAUAACAUACAGUUCUCUUUCUUGUAAUGGGUUUGUCGUGAUGAAAGUUGACGUUGUGACAAUACAGCAGCACUCAUUUUGUCAAGACUCUGGCCAGUCUCCUGCUUCUUCAGAUUCUGAACGUGACCUUAUGAGACAGAGAUUCUCUGUUGCUUCACAUUCGAGAUUACCCUACCUCAUUGUCUCUGAUGGAUACAUGAUAACAGUGCUUAGAUUUCCUAACAACUUUUCACCAUCAGGAUUUAUAAAAUCCCUUUUGCUUGAUUCAACCCAACAGCUUGAAAAUAUCCGUCAGAAUUUGCAGAACUUCAAGCCUAAAGGGAGAUCUCAGUGUUUAAGAUCACUGUUGUCUUUAAAAGCUAGCCUUUUAAAACAAGUUCAAAACCAAAGUUCCAUCUUUUCUGCCCUUCCAAAGUUCCUGGAGAAAGACACAACGGAAAUGAGCGAGAAAACUGUGGAUUUACUGGAUUAUGAAGAAGAAUCAGAUGAUGAAAAGCAGUUUUACAGUAGCUCUCCCAGCUUUCAUAACCAAAGAAUCCUUUCAGUUGUUGGUAAAGCUGAUCAAGGCCACUUAGAAUUUGCGUCAAUGUUUGAUACUAUGCAUGCAGAUGAUAUUGAAGAGAAAGAUAAAUCAUCGUUGAAACUAUAUUCCAUUCAGAAAAACCUCCUUACUGCCUGGCAGAUAGGGAUUUCAAAAAAUAUGGAAGAGAAGGAUACAUUGCUGAAUUACACAGUGAACUGCAUUAUCCAUUUUUUCAGCAUUGUUCAGUUUGUGAAAUGUUCUUUCCUAAACCAGGAUGCAUCUUUAAACAAGUCUGUGAAGAAUACUCAAUGGAUGCAUUGUGUCCUAAAGUAUUUUCAGCAGUGUUUGACUGCCUUGUACUGGCAUUCAAGAGCCAGUCUAACUGGACAUGUGGUAAAACUGACAUUAGAAACUUUGAAACUGCUGCUUAUACAGCAACAAGAUCAGUUGUUCUCAAAAAACCUUUUGGCAUGCUUCUGUCUUUUAAAAAUGGUUUCUCACACUCUCAGUAGUGUGUGUGUACUACAGUAUGAGAAUUUUUUUGCAUCUUCUAAUGGUAAUUUUCUUGUGGAACUGGACUCCCUUACUGUGCCUAUUUUCUUAGUUCUUGAUGACAAUACUACUCAGCAAUUCAGCUCACUGAAAUCUCUGCUUAGAGAACCUCCUCGAGUAAACCAUGAUGCAAAAACAGAAAGAAGGUUGAUUGUACUAUGGCGAUUAUUAUAUAAGAAAGCAGUUUGGUAUCAGGUGCAACUGAAAAGAAAAGUGAACAAGAAUGUAGAAGAAGCUUCUGUUGUCUCAUUGCUUAUAAGUCAUAUACAAGCAACCCUCCAGUCUUCAAAAGUGACAUUAGAACAACAUCUGAAGAUUAAUUCUGUAUCUGGUGAGGAGCAAUUCCUUUUAGGCUCCUACAGAGAAUCUGUUGACACUUGGAAAAGGUCUCUUUGUGAAACCAAGGCAAAAGGAGGAAAAAGAACAUGUUUUCUUCAGACUAGAUAUUAUCUUUCAAUAUUAUUUUGCCACCUGUAUCAGUAUAACUUGUGUGAAGCUCAGGGACUCUGUGAUCAUUUAGUAGGAGAGAUUCUAAGGCGAUCACAGCUUUCAACAAGUCAGAUGGAAAAAUUUUCUGAUACCAAGUAUUUUCAGCAUGAACUAUGGAUGGUAACCAGCAUUCAUACUGAGACUGCCAUGGCUGUGAUUAGGUCCAUGGCACGGUUCAUGGCUGCUUAUUUCACAAAUCAGCUGCUCUACAUCUUUCCCCCACACAGUGUUGACAUCCUGCAUCCACUUCACAUCAAACAAGACUUACCUCCUCGUGUUAUUCCGCUGCAACACUGUUUGGUUGCCAGAGCUGUCAGGAAACAGAACCUUUCAUCUGUGUGGACAGCUGAAUAUGCUCUUGAUUUGUUCUUUAUUGGUGGACUCAUCCCAGAAGCUGUGUGGUUAGCACACACACUUGGGGACUGGAAACUGUCUGUUUCAAUUGGUCUGGCCUACCAGCUGUAUUGUCAGAACUCUGAUGGAUUUUCAAGACUGAAAAACACGGAACAUCACCUGCCUUUAGACCUAUCACCAAUGCAGACUUUUCAGGAGAAGUUACAGUCUUUUUUAGGGCAGCCAAUAACUUCUGAAACAUCAGGACAUAUUAAAUACAAGAAGUUUACAGAUCCCAUUGAAGAGGAAGAUGCAGAUGUUCUUUAUAGUUCAAUACAAGAACUACUGAAAGCAGCUGUUAUGGCAGAUGCUGAUAUUCUCUCAGAGACGUUUCAGCUGUUGAUGGAUUCUGCCAAGGAUGUCAGCAGAAAAUUGUAUGGUUUGGUUCCAGUUGGGCUCUAUCUUCCAGCGCCACCGUUAUACUGUCCUCAGCCAGCUUCCCUCAGUGAAGAAGAUGGCAAUGACAGUCUUUUAAAAAUGGAGAGAGAAAUUCGUCAGAAAGUGUCAGGAGUUCUUCAGCGAAUUAUGUUGCUCUUCCGGGCUGCUCAUUGUUCUUGCCCUGCAGCACAGUGGUAUAUUACACAACUGAAGCAGGCAAGAAAAGUUAUGCAGAAGAUUCGAAUGAAAGGAUCUCUUCCUUUGCUGAGUCCGUUCCCAGAGACUUUGCUUCGUUACUGCGAUUUCUGCACUGUUUUGUGUGGAACUACCUCUUCUGAACCCCAUCAGUUUGAUGAUAUUACCUGUAAAAUUUUAGGUGGGUUCAGAGAGUUAUGUGCAUUAUGUUGGAUGUUUCAUGUUCGUGAAAAAUUGUCUGACAACUGUAGGCAGUACCAAGCUGCAAGGGAAAAUAUUAGCAAUAUGCAGGAUCUGAAGAGGAAUGAACAUGAUGCCUCCACAGUUGAGCAUUGUCUGAAUGCAGUGGGAUGGGCUUGUCGAAUGCUUCCUUUCUGCAGGUUCAUGAAUGUUGAAGAAUUAGUUCAAGAUGUAAUUUUGAGUCUGCUUGGAGAAUUGCCACCAACGAAAAAGGUGGCAGAGAUUUUUGUAAAAGCAUUUCCUAAUCCUGAAGAUAUAAGGGUUCCACUAAGAGAUAAAUAUAAUGCACUUCAACAGCGACUCAGGCACAGUAUUGUUAAAGUAGGUCCUGAAAAUGAAGAAAUUAUGUCUGUUAUUCAGGCUGCUGAAGAAGCGAGAAAGAAGGCCUUGAAACGUGUAAUAAGGAACAUAGGCCCUAUAGAAAUUAAUAUUUGGGAGCCAGCGGAAGAGGAAGCAGCAGAUGAUAAGGAACACUGUUAUGACAGAUUCUCAAUAGGCACUAGUCUAAGCACAAGCACACUUACUGAUCUUGGGAAUCCUCAGGUAUACACUGAUGCUGACACAGUAGAUACACUUUCUGAUGCUUUGUGUACUGAAGAAAUAAGAGCUCGAACGCCUUCAUUUCAAAGAAAUAAUGAACACCAGAGAAAAGGAGAAAUAGGUAGCAAAAAUAGCACAUGCAAGAUAAAAGCUCUUAACUGGAAAACAAUACAUAAAGACAAAGUAUACAGAAGAGACAUGCAUAAUCAAUGUAAUUUGCCUGUAGUUGGUGCAUGGGAAUUUGAACGUGAUGAUGAUGAAUAUGUUAGGUUUUUAGAACUCUUUUUGAGUUAUGUUCUUGAGAGAGACCUGAUAAAGUACAGUGACAUUGGAAUUCCAUUUCUUACUAGUUUUUCUGGACUUCUUCGAGAGCAUGAAUUGAACUCUCUCUUUUUUGAUGUCCACACAACACUAAAACGUCGACAAGGCAAAAGUAGAAGUCAAAGUGUGUUUAGAGCUGGGUCUUGCUAUACUGUCACCCUGUCACCUUGUGACCCUGAAACAUCUGUCUAUAACAAAACCCAAAAUAUUUUGGAAAAACCAACAGUUGUGCAGUCCGUUGUACAGACAAAAGAACCUUCUGUGCAUAACCUAAUGAAAGGACUUAACAAAGGAUUAUUUGGUUUAAAACACAAAUUGAUUUACAGAGCUCACACUCAUAAUCAAGAAGUCACUGUUGCACUAGCAAGCCAGACCUUUCCUUGCCAUACUUCGUCUACCCUGCAAACUCAGGCAACUUCUAAAUACAUUUACAAAACUGUUGAUGUAGUUGAUACUGUACCAGGAGAAGAACUAAUGAUAGAAUUGAUGGACAAGUUGAGCAAUAUUGCAAAAUUGCUUGAGUGGAUGAUCAGAUGGUCUGACAAAAGACUGCUUUGUGGUUCCAAUAAACAAGAUUCCUUAGAAGAGAUUCUUCCAAUGAUACACGUGAAAACAUCAGCAGCUGCUGUCCUUACUUCUCUAUGGCUGUUAGAACAGUUAUACAGAGAGAGAUCUCAAACAAAGAGCAUAAAAUAUAAGCAUCCAGAUAACCGAGAUGUGAAAGAAUUUGUAUCUCUAUCAGAAGCCCAGUCUAGGACAGAGAAAGAAAGUAGUACAGAUGAAAGCUUUUCCACAGCGGCCAAUCCUCCUGCCAGUCUCCAGAAUGCGCCAGCCUACGAUGACUUUUGUAGAACUGAUUUUAGAGUGUCUACAAAGUCAAAAUACUUUGAUAAGAAGGAAAUUAUUCAUGGAAAUUAUUCUGUACCAUGUACGACUGAAGAUCCUAAUGAAGUAGAACCGCUUGUUCAGCAGGAAUUAGAUAUGGUGUCGGAACAACAAGAGUUCUUUGAGGAGCCAUAUGAAACUCCAAAGAGCUCCAACAGCUCUGUCAAGAUCAAACCUGUAGAACAUCCUAGAGAAAAGGAGGUCUCCAUUUCAGAUGUAGAUAGUCCACAAGAAGAUCAGAAUGUGGAGGAAACAAAGGAAGAAAAGGCUGAACAGAAUGUUAUGACUGAGGUUGUUACUAGCACUGAUUCUCAUUCAUUCUCUUUAAAACAAGAUGCAGAAGUUCCUAGUAAUGCAGGCAUUUCUGUAAGUGAUUGCCAGCCUUUUCAUACUGUUGUGUCAACUACGUCAAGUGUUGCCUCCCACACUUCUGUUUGUGCAAAGAAGCGAGAAGUCAAGGAAGAAGUCCCUCCAGAGGAGAAAUCAAACACAUCAGAAACUGUCAGGCAUAUGCUCCAAGACGAAAUGUUUAAGUUAAUUCAGCUACAGCAGAUCAACUUCAUGAGUUUAAUGCAAAUGGUGCAGUCAUCCUUUGGCAACAUACCAAAUGUGCAACAAAUGUUGCAGCAGCAUCAAUCUGUUCACCUGGCUGGGAGCCAGCAUGCACACACUGCCCAAGGCAAUGGUUCUCCAAAAACACAGCUGCCCUCUCCAGAAAAUAAAGGAAAACCUGGUCAAAAGAGCUCUGAUUUUCAUCAAAGGAAUAGCGUAGAAGAUGAAGGCAACAGUGGCCAUGUAGAAAGUCAUCUGGAUGUGAAUGCCUCUUUAAUUCUACUUGAAAGCAACAGCAAGGAAACAGGAUUUAUGUCACCAUCCCAAUAUCAGCGUUCUUCAGGGCCUACUAAACCACUUCAUCUCCUAGCUCCUUCCUCAAACAUCCAGAAAACAGUGGGGUUUAUUCCUAUUGAAAAGAAAACAAGUUACUCAAGUGGAUUUCCUUUGCUUAGGCUCGAAUCAAGUUAUUUCAAACCAGCAUUUUUCCAUCCAGUAGAAAUGUCAUCAGCUUCUGCCAGACCACCCCCAGUACCACGAGCAGCUUGGAGUUCAUCAGAUUCCUUAUGGAACCAUCAGUCAUCAUACACGCUAAGAAAGAGUAAGGCAAAAGAAGAUUUCAGCAGGAGUAGAUACGACCCUGAGAUCCCAAGGCAAAUGCACGAGGAAGAGAGGAGAUGGGCAGAAAGAGUGCAUAGGGGGCCUCCCAAACACCUGAACCUUGAUCAAUAUGUAGGGCAGCAAGAAGUUUCACCUCAGCAGCAGUUCCUUGCAGAUGUGAAUAUGUACAGAGCACCGAUCACUCAGAACCCGGCUGGUAUUCCACUGUUGCACUUGCAUCUUAACGCCGUACCCAGAGUUCCACCAGCUGUAAAGCAACCAAUCACUACUACUUUAAUACCUGUUAAACGUGCAACAAAGGAUACUGACUCCAGAGAAAUACUACAGGAUGCAGGAAUAUCACUACUUCAGGUUAAUUUACCUCAAAAAAGGAAGGCACCAAAACUCAUCCCAUUUCAAGAUCUCAUUGCGUUUGAGCAACACCAUCAGCAUAAUUCUGUGCUCAGCACUUCCUAUGGACAAGACCAAACUGAACCUAUCCAGUUACUAAAAACUAGUGUUGAACCAUUUGAACUGAGAGAUGUGCAGAAAAAUAGAAAAAGAAGAAAAAAGCGUAACAAGAAACAACUACAAGAGAAGGAGGAGAAGAAGAAACCAACUGUGUCCUUCUGCCCAGAGGCUUCCAUCAUCACUAUUAGUGACACAGAAAUGGUUGACGAAUCAGAGACUGAGGAUCACAAAACAGAAUCGGCAUCUUACCCUCAAGAUGGUUUGUUUGUUUCAAUGGACACAGUGGAGGAAGCAAUUACUACUUCAGCAGAUCUGCAUUACAUGGCUUCUGUAGGGAAAAAACCAGCAGAAACUCAAGAUGCAAGUACAAAUACUCAUCCAAUGCUCGAGUCGUAUCAGGAUCAUGGAAUCAGUGGUGGAAAUGAGAUUUCCGAAGUUCAAAAAAAUGAGCCAGCCCAAUCUGUUCCUGUGCCAGAAUCAUCUCGUGCCCCUGCAAUACUACCACCUGACAUGUAUUUAAACCUGAGAUUUCCCACUGAAGUGGAAAAGAAACCUUUACCAUCCUUUCAGUCAGAUGCACCUGAUUUGCAUGAACAUGAAUAUAUCAGUGUGAUCGACAUUGAAGACAGUGACAUCCUUAGCAAUUUGCCCAUGAUACCUGAGUCUGCAGAAGAGGUAGAUGCUGCACAGCAAAAUGAGAAGUUUGAAAUUCCAUCUACUGCAAAACUUCACCACACAGCAGCUUCUGUUACUAAUGUAAUUCCAUGUGAGGCUCUUCAGAAGCAAGGUGACCAUCAGAAGAAUGCAUCAAGCCAAGUGCAAAAGGAAGAUAAGAAGUCAGAUUCUGCUACAGAUAGUGUAACUUGGAACAUACUACAUGAAGGUGACAGAACUCUUCCUUCCUCAGAGCUUCCAUCCAAAGUAAUUGGCAGAGAAUACUUUUCCACAAAGCAGCAAGAAAUGGAUAUGCAAUUACAGACACUACAGAACAUGAUAGAAAAUAUGGAGCAGGAUUUCAGAAAUACCAAACUGUUAGUGAAACUAAUAGAAGACAUUGAAAUGGCUACUGAUUCAGACCCUAGUGCUCGUCCUUCAUUCUCUGAAGCUGCUGAAGUCAUUGAUGAUGAAUCAGAACGUAAUUUGAGAGGCAUGAUUUUUGAAGAUGUUAUAGAUGAUCAAAAGGAGGGCUUGAACUUGGAGCAUCCUGUACCCAGUUAUACUCCAGUGGAAUUACACACUCCUGCCGCUGCAGCCUUGGCUUCUAACUUUCCCAGUGGCAUGAAGUCACCUUCUGGCUCUCACAUAUGUAGAGAUUUACAUGAUAGCUCUUUAGAAGAUCCCCUGCAAGUUACCAGUCGGAGUGGUUUUACUGACAUUAAUGAUCCUGUAGUAGAAAGUUACAUCCCUCUGCCGGAGCUGGGCUUUACAAAAAUACAAGCUAAGAAAAUCCCUAGGGUUCAUGGUUUUGCUGCUGCACAUUCUCAAAAAACAGAAAAGGAGAGGAAAGAGAUACAAACAUGGAUGAAAAGAAAGCAAAAGGAAAGAAUGAGAGAAUAUAUGAAGAAACUGGAGGAACAAAGACAGAAAGAAUGUAAUCCAUUCAACCUAAGAAAGAAUGUGCAUUAUAGUCCUACUUCAAAGGAUAUUAGAAUGUUCCAGAACAGGAAAGAAGAAAAAGACAAAGCCCUGUUAUCUGAGCACCACAGAAUGAGAAUAUCACAGGCACUUUCUCUGAUGAAUGAAAUGUUAUCUGAAACACCAGCACAUGAUCAUAAAACUUUGUCCAGCACCAGAUCACCUCAAGGGUACAGAAGAAGGCAUAUGGCAUCUAGUAAAGGAGGGCAUCUGAACAGUCCUGUUUUGUCAGAAAGGAGCAGAAUUGCUGCCAAACCCAGCUUUGGUCAAAGAUUACGCCGUGGCACCCCAGCUCUUGGUUUAACACAGUCCCAGGGAAAUGCCUGUAUGGCCCUACAGAAAAGUACUUCCAGAGGAAGACCGAGAAAUGCUGCAAACUGUCCUGUUGAUUCUAAACACUCUGCCGAGUACAGAGUCAGCAGAACCUCAAAACAAAAGCCCCCACAAGUUACCACUGCAGUUCAGACAGAAGAUAUUGAUCAAGAGAGUGAUCGAGACAUAGGAAGUCCUUGGACUGUGCCUGAUGAUAUCCAAAGAAUACUUCAAGAUGCUCAUGACUCCAUGUUUCAGGCCCCUGCAGGGUAUGACAUGAGUUUCUCUCCUCUGGGCAGUGGCAACACUGACAGUGUUUCUGAAAGCACGGGAAGUAUCCUCAGCAAGCUGGACUGGAAUGCAGUUGAGGCCAUGAUAGCAGAGGUGGAAGAUAAGUGAAAAUUUCCCAGCCACUGUGCACUUCCAAACAGUUGCCAGUGUUUGGUUUCAGUAAAAACAAUAAUUGUUCUACUUAAAAUAGAACAAGUCUUGCAUUGGCUUCCUUCUUAAGCAGUAUGGAAACUCUCACUGCUUUCCAUCUUGCCUCGGUGAAAUUCAAUUCCUUAAUGUGUAGUUUUCUUUCUAUAUUUCUUCAGGUCAAGAAGAACUAAGUAUAGUUGGUAAAAGGAGACAAACAGUCUUAAACAGAUCCAGGUCAGCUACUUUAUGUAGAAACGUUCAUGCGUACAAAAAAUGUUAUUCUAUUUUAAGAGUACUGCACAACUGUUUUACCUUUGUAUUUAAUAUUUAACAUCAUUCUGAAGUUAUUUUUGUAACAUGAUGGUUGUGAUAAACUGAUUUAAUAAAAGUGAAUUUACUAGUUUCUGCCGUAAAUUAUUUACACAUGGAGCAGUUCCACUGCUGUGUACCACUAGGACUGUAUGUGUGCACAUGCACUACCCUCAUAUUUCAAACCUAGCUUACUUGUGCAGUAGUUUAGAGAAAUCUUAGAAGAGUUUGAAUGACUGAAAGAGGUACAAAUAGGCAGCAAUAAAUGAAAUACAGAGUUUUGUUAGGAAACUCAGAC